CGAGAGAGAGAGAGAGAGAGAGAGAGAGAGAGGAGAAAUGAUGGAAGUAGGACUGAAGAUGGGUGGGCAGCUGAUGCAGGGCGAAGAGAGAGAUCAGAAGAAGCAGCAUGAAGAAGCAGAAGCAGAGGAGAGAGAGACAGAGCUGAGGCUAGGGUUGCCUGGUGGCAACAAUGGAGGAUCCGGAUCUGAUCAAGGACCAGACCACCAAGUGGUGGUGGGGGCAAGGAAGAGAGUCUAUGCCGAGACUGAGGUGGACUUGAAGCUCAACCUCAAUCUCUCUUCUUCCUGUGCACCACCACCACCACCACCAUCACCAGGCUCCGAUCCAAAUGACCAGACCACCUCGUCGCCCAACAAGCUGGACAAGAAGACCCUCUUGCCUUGUGCCGCUUCUGAUAUUCCUGUCAAGCCUCCAGCUAAGGCCCAAGUGGUGGGUUGGCCGCCAGUCCGGUCGUUCCACAAGAACAUGGUGGCGGCACAGAAGAGCAGCACCGAGGACACGAGCAGCGUCGGCGCCGGCGCCGCCUCCUUUGUGAAGGUAAGCAUGGACGGCGCCCCAUACCUGCGUAAGGUGGACUUGAAGAUGUACAAGAGCUAUCAAGAGCUGUCUGAGGCGUUGUGCAAGAUGUUCAGCUCCUUCACCAUUGGAGGAUGUGAAUCCCAAGGAGUGAAGGAUUUGAUGAGUGAGAGCAAGCUGAGGGAUCUUCUGAAUGGCUCUGACUACGUUCCCACCUAUGAGGAUAAAGAUGGCGACUGGAUGCUCGUUGGCGACGUUCCCUGGGAGAUGUUUGUUGACUCGUGCAAGCGCCUCCGGAUAAUGAAAGGGACCGAGGCGGUUGGGCUCGGUUAGUACAUGUUUAUCAACUUAUAAAUAGCUCCAAGAGCCAUGGAAAAACGCAAGAGCAGGAGGUAAAAAGAAGUGUGUGGAUGACACACAGCCUGCUCCUUUGAUCUGGGGGUUGAAAGACAGCACAGAUGGAUUGAGCAGGUGGUGAUUUGAAUGUGUGUGUGUGUUUUUUUUUUGUACCAAGUUGUCUUGCGAUAAUUACGUCAAAGUUUGAGAAAUAUGUUUAUGGAAUUCAUCAACCAAAAAAAAAAAGGACCCCAAAAAAACUUUAU